CCAAAAACAGCAACCACCUCCACUCCAAAAAUCUGAACUCAAAAACACCUGAAAAGACUGAUUUUCUUUUCUUUUUUGUUUUUGAUCUCCACAAGACGAUGUCGUUCGAGGAGGAAGAUGAAGAAUCGUUUGAGCACACGCUCCUUGUAGUGCGUGAGGUAUCCGUUUUCAAAAUCCCUCCACGUCCAACUAGCGGGGGUUACAAAUGCGGUGAAUGGUUACAAUCCGAUAAGAUCUGGACGGGUCGGGUCCGGGUCGUAUCCUGCAAAGAGCGUUGCGAGAUCCGACUCGAAGAUCCGAAUACCGGAGAGCUAUUCGCGGCGUGUUUUGUGGGGCCCGGACAGAGAGAGAGCUCGGUUGAAUCUGUUCUCGACUCGUCGAGGUACUUCGUGUUGAAGAUCGAGGAUGGGAGAGGGAAACAUGCGUUUGUAGGGUUAGGGUUUAAUGAAAGGAAUGAAGCGUUUGAUUUUAAUGUGGCGUUAUCUGAUCAUGAGAAGUAUGUGAAGAGAGAGAUUGAGAAGGAUGUUGGAGAUGGUGAGGCUGGUGAUGAUAAUCACAUUGAUAUUCAUCCUGCCGUUAAUCACCGAUUAAAGGAAGGUGAAACAAUCCGGAUAAAUGUGAAGAACAAACCAUCUAGUGGGACAGGCAUGCUUUCAGCUGUGGGAUUGGCAGCAGGAACAACUGGAGCUGUGAAAAAAACCCCAGCCCUUGCGCCUCCACCUAGUGGAGGUAACAAGAUCAGGUCUCCUCUUCCACCCCCUCCGAAUGAUCCAGCCAUUUCUCGAAAGACUUCUACUACUCCCAGUAUUGCUCUCAAGGGGUCAAAGGAAAGUGCCAGGAAUUCCACCGAUCCGCUUUCAGAUCUCUCUCAAAUCGAGAGAAGCCUUCCUUCUACCACUGGAUCUGGAUCAAGUAAAACUACAGCAGCUGGAUGGGCAGCAUUUUAAUUUUUUGUGUGUUAAAUAUGGCUUACAUGUAUGAUCGCUGUUGUAUUACCAUAGAAAGAUAGACCGGGAAUCAGAAAAUGGAAGAGAAAUAUGUCAUGGUAGUUUUUCCUCGCAUUUUGGAAGAUAACUGCGGUGGAAUAUGUUAAUGUACUCGCUCGACAUCCUAAUCGAGCUUCUGUAUUACAUGCAAUAAGGAAAAUAUCUUAUUUUACACAAAUGUCUGUCGAGCAUUCCGGAAGUAACUGAUUUAUUGCACUGAGAUGAUUUCGAAAACAUAUUCUUAUUUAUAUUUCAUGUAAUUUAACACUUCCAAGUCCUUGGUGUGAUCCAUUAAGCUUAUAUGAGUUGAGAUGCUUUUAUU